AUGGCAUCCAUCUUCACCUAUGAUCCUGACCCGCCCCGGGUUUCGUCGCCCUGGUCAACGUCGGGAUCAUCCACGCCUCAAGUCAACCCGACCAGCAAGAUCGGACUGGCGAUCCGUACACGAUCGACUUCUGCGCUGGACCGCGCCGACCCUGACUUGCUGUCCGACUAUGGCAUCACCAAGCUAGAGCCAGAGCCCCAGGAGGGCCCCACUGAGUACAAGCUGCAUCUGCUGCUCCGCCCGCGACGGCCCUACCUCUCCAUGUCGACAGGGAAUGUAGUCGCAGGCUCGUACCACUCCCGUGUGAACUCGACCCUGGCCUCGUACUCGGUAUCUCCGGCCCAGGAUGCAACCCCGCGGCCCAUGCAGGCCAAGUCGACGCAGAGCCGCCAGCAACGGCUGCAGGGACUGACCACGCAGCUGCUAUGGCGCCUGCAGCAGUCGUCGCCCUUCCACUCGUCUACCACGGCGAGCCUAGUCGUACCUGUGCUCCCCGAAGCUAACCCUCAGUUAGGUGUGCCCUCGAAACCUGCUCGUCUACUUCCAGGUCUGGAAGAGAGCCAGGGAGCUCUGUAUGAGAUUGGAGUCGCCGACGAUGGCACUUUCGUCGGCCUCACCGAAGAUGAGCUCGAUGAGAGUGUGACCAAUCUGCAAGCCAUGGCUGCCAGUCUUGGUUGCAAGGUCGAGAUUCUGCGCCGGGUUAUCGUCGGCAAAUGCGAGUGGGCCGAGGACUCACCUGUCGUACUUCCUAACCCGAGCAAAUGCCAAAGAGAGAGCCUUUGGGUUGCGGAAGCUCUAGUCUCUCCGGACUUGGACUUUUACAACCUAUCUCCUACCCGUACAAGGCGGAAUACCGCUGAUUGUUUCAAUGUGGACCCUGGAGCCGAGUCGGAUGCAGAGGAAGACUCUUCCCACACAGAGCAAAUACGGAUAUCUAUAACCGGACCCAGUACUUCGGGAAAGUCUUCCCUGCUGGGUACUUUGACGUCUUCAUCACUUGAUAACGGCAGAGGAAAGAGUCGACUAAGCCUGCUUAAACACCGCCAUGAGAUUUCAUCCGGCAUCACCAGCUCAGUGGCCCAAGAGUUGAUCGGGUAUGCAGAUAACGUGCCUCCCACGGUGGUCAAUUACGCAUCUGGAAACGUGGCGGCGUGGGAUGACAUUCAUGCCGCGUCGCGUGGGGGUCGUCUAGCCUUCGCAUCGGACCUACCAGGUUCGGUCCGAUACCUGAAAUCCACCUUGCGAGGUCUGGUCGGCUGGGCUCCACACUAUGUUAUGCUCUGCAUUCCCGCCAACUGCGGCGACGAGGCUGCCGAGGCCGAGGCGGUCCCUGAGCAUGCUGCGGAAAUCGAUCGAUGCUUGGCUUAUCUGGAUCUUUGUUUAAAGCUGGAAACGCAUAUUCUGAUUGUCAUCACCAAACUCGAUGUAGCCUCUCGUGGAGGCUUGCGUGAGAAUCUAGCCAAGGUCUUGUCUGCGCUUAAGACAGCUGGCCGCAAACCGGCAAUGCUUCCUGCUUCGCCAGCAGGAGAUAAAGUACUUGAUCUACAACAGAUCAGCGUUUCCGACAGCAAUGAAGUGCAAAAGAUCAUCGCAGCGGCCGGCGGUAAUUGGCUUCGCAUAGUGCCCAUUGUCCUCUCCAGCGCGGUUGAUGGCACGGGUAUAGGCAAGCUGCACGCAUUCCUUCGACACCUGCCUAUUCCUGCAAGACCACCGCAAAGGAAACUGCACAUCCCGCAGUCAGUUGGCCGAACUCACUGCCCUACAAUAAUAUUCGACGUGGAUGAGGUCUUCGCCAUCCCGCCGUCCAAAGUCUACUCCGUAUCCACCGAGAAGGAUGGCCGCGCCAGCCGCGGCAUGGUUCUAUGCGGUCUAGUUCGCCACGGCAGCAUCUCCGUUGGCGACGAGAUGACCAUUGGUCCAAUAUUGGUCGACACUUCUGCGGAGACUGGGACUGACCCUGCACCGCUGAGCCUGCUCUCUCGUAGCGGCGGGCCAGGUCAAUCAGGCGAGUUCCCAACGUCCUUAUCGCUCGGCGUCCUUUCCGGCAAAGACGCCUCCACACAAGUGAAAUGGCAGCGCGUCCGCGUCGUCAGUGUACGAGACCUCCGGCUCCCGGUACGUCGCCUGAAGGAAGACCAAGUUGGGACAAUAGGCAUCGAGCUGCUCGCAUCGUCGGAUGACGGCCGGUUACCUCGACUCAGCCGUAUACGGAAAGGCAUGGUGCUAACGGACCUGCACACCUCUCUGCCUCCAAGCACUCCGCUCCCAUCGCCUCUCCCGUCAACUUUGCCGUUACCAUUCCACACCGGCUUCACAGCAACGUUCCCCGCGUCGGAAUUCUCAGCCCCUAAUUCGCCGCCUCUUCUCCUGGGUGGGAACGCGAUCGCCUACAUUGCCAAUAUCAGAACGACCGUUCGUGUGGUAUGUAUGGCGCUCGCGGGCACGGGCGACGAACCAGCGUCCCCCUCACCGUCUCCCACAGAGCCCGAGUUUUUCAGCUUCGACGGUGACGCGCCGUCAUCACCUUCGCCUACGCAGGAGAAAGAUGCAACUGCCAGGCAUACGAAUGGCACGAAUGGCACGAAUGGUAUGAACACGCCUGUUCAGCGGCGCUUGUCUGCCACCGAUAUCAGCAAGGUAGUGUCCGGAUCCUCGGUUGCUGACCCGGGGACAUCUGCCGAGAUGUUCAAGGAGAACGUCACGAUUACUUUUGGGCUCGUGACGUCCGUCGAGUGGAUUGAGCUGGGAUCCCAGGUCCUAGUGAUGCCGGGCGUGUCUAUGGCGGCUUCCUCUGGGGUCGCGAUGUCAUCAACACCCGAAGCUGGUGCUGGCACUGGCACUGGCACGGUGUCACUUUCUGGGCUGGAGGGAUUUGUGGGAACAGUUUGCGAGGUUGUGCCUGGAAGAUCGGUGGGAGAAGUGAGAGCGGAAGGGAUGGAUGUAAUUUGA